AUGACGGGGUGACGGUGGUGGGAUGCGAGGAGGGGAGAAGAUAAUAUUCCGCCGGUAUAUAUUAAACUGAUUUAUACCACGAGGAAAAGUGGAGCGACACGUGCACACAGUGGGAAAUAAGACGACAAGGUGCUGCAAAAUGAAGACACCUAUGCACCAUGGAGUUGCUGUGUUUCUCGUCAUCACUCUGUGCGCCAGCCUGUUCCUCGUCUACAACGGCGGUUUCCACAGUAGCACCAGUGAGAGCGGGAUGGCGGGUGCGGCAGGGGGGUCCAGAGACAGGAGCGAUGCCAGGAGAAGCUGGCAGACAGAGCAGCAGCAGAAAGCCUCAGUCAGACCAGCAGUCCUACAGGGAUACAGCAGCAUCAUCGACCACAAGCCUCUGAAAAUGCACUGCCAUAGCUGUGCGUUGGUGACCAGCUCCGGUCACCUGAUAGGUGGUGGUCGCGGCGAGGAGAUCGACCGGGCGGAGUGUGUGAUCCGUAUGAACGACGCCCCCACGGCGCGGGGCUAUGGUGGAGACGUUGGGCGCCGCACCUCGCUACGUGUCAUCGCUCACUCCAGCAUGCAGAGGGUCCUACGGAGCCGUCACGAACUGCUCAACGCAUCCCAGGACACAGUGUUUAUCUUCUGGGGGCCCAGUAAUUACAUGAGGCGGGAUGGGAAGGGUCUGGUCUACAACAACCUGAGGUUGAUGAACCAGGUGCUGCCCAAACUAAAGGUCUACAUGAUCUCCUGGCAGAAGAUGUUGCAGUCUGACGAACUCUUCAAGAGGGAGACGGGCAAGGACAGGCGUAUCUCCAACUCGUGGUUGAGUACUGGUUGGUUCACUAUGACCAUCGCUCUGGAGCUGUGUGACCGGAUCAAUGUCUAUGGCAUGGUGGCUCCAGACCACUGCAGAGAGCCCCAGCCCCCAUCUGUCCCCUACCACUACUACGAGCCCCUCGGUCCAGAGGAGUGUGCCAUGUACAUCAGCCACGAGCGAGGCCGCAGGGGCAGCCAUCACCGCUUUAUCACGGAGAAGAGGGUCUUCGCCAGCUGGGCUCGGACCUUCAACAUCCACUUCUACCAGCCUGACUGGGAACCCCCGCCGCUGGCCCCCGCUAACCGCACGCCGCUGGCCCCCGCUAACCGCACGCAGGGGGAGACGGUCUCGGUCAGCAUACGUGACUGGCGACCAGAAAUGGAAGUUGGAUGGUGACAGUGAAUGCUGGGCAUCUGUGGAAAAGCUGUAACUCAAACGGGACUGAGGACUGAGCUGGAGAUGGUGAUGGACAAGACCACAUGAGACGGUCCAAAGUCUUCUGACCACAACUGAAUGGGCCAUACAGUAGGAUACUGACUGCACAUGGUCCUUCACUGAGGAUCGACCGUCCUCCUCUAGCUAUCUGUCAUGGACAACUGUAGAAUAAUGACUGCAAAACGUCCUUAACUGAGGAUCGACCGUCCUCCUCUAGGCCGUCAUGGACAACUGGAAGGACCAAAUACAGCUGGCUGCUCCAUAGGCUACUAACCACAACUAGUUUGAGCGUACUGGAUGGCCGUAAGGGUUACCGACCACUAGUGGUGCACGGGUCAGCAACCGCCAGACUAGAUGUGAUAAAGUGAAAAUGUGAGUCCGCACCCUAACCCCUAACAUAGAAAAUGUACAGUAGGCUACAGUCAGGGACUGUGGAUGUUUUUGACAAGAGGCACAGUAUUGUUUUAGCCUGAUCUCGAUGUGUUUCUGCUUUGAAUUUUGUUAGUCAACUUGUCUAUAGUUAGAUACAUGUAGCUUCUCGUCUGUCAUUACAUGUUGCCGUAGAAACUAAAUCAACCAGAAUAAUGUUGUACAUCGAUAGGAUGAACGCUUCUCUGCUUCUUUCAUGGCGAGAAGACCUUUAGGGACCGGGGAGAAAAUGCAACCUUUAGAGACCGGGGAGAAAAUGCAACCUUUAGAGACCGGGGAGAAAAUGCAACCUUUAGAGACUGGGGAGAAAAUGCAACCCUUAGAGACCGGGGAGAAAAUGCAACCUUUAGAGACCCGGGGAGAAAAUGCAACCUUUAGAGACCGGGGAGAAAAUGCAAACUUUAGAGACCGGGGAGAAAAUGCAACAUUUAGAGACCGGGGAGAAAAUGCAACCUUUAGAGACCGGGGAGAAAAUGCAACCUUUAGAGACCGGGGAGAAAAUGCAACCUUUAGAGACCGGGGAGAAAAUGCAACCUUUAGAGACCUGGGAGAAAAUGCAACCUUUAGAGACCUGGGAGAAAAUGCAACCUUUAGAGACCUGGGAGAAAAUGCAACCUUUAGAGACCGGGGAGAAAAUGCAACCUUUAGAGACCUGGGAGAAAAUGCAACCGUUAGAGACCGGGGAGAAAAUGCAACCUUUAGAGACCGGGGAGAAAAUGUAAUAACAAAAUAAAAAUGAGAAUGAUUUUCUGAGCAGAAUUUCCAAAUGACAUCACUUUGACCGGGUUGUAAGGAACGCUUUGAUCUAGUAGGCAUACUUAUUUUCCACCAUAAUUUGCAAAUAAAUUCAUUAAAAAUCCUAC